CGAAGUGAGAACAUGGUGCCGAGACCAGCAGAAUCCUUCUGAUUCACUGAUCUGACUCAACGGAUCCGGACUGAGCUGAUCCGGGAUCAGUCCAAGCUCACCUGGAUCCCGAUCCACCUGAGACUCACUGAAGAUUGCUCAACGUCUACCUGAAGCCGGAAGUGAAGCAAGAGGAGCAGCAGACAUGGGUAGUAAGGAGCGUUACCAUUGGCUGGCUCAGAACGUGAAGGUGAGCGGCGUGGACGACAUGGUGCUGCUGUCCAAGAUCAACGAGGACGCCAUCACAGAGAACCUGAAGAAGAGAUACAUGGACGACUACAUCUUCACCUACAUCGGUCCAGUUCUGAUCUCUGUGAAUCCAUUCAAACAGCUUCCGUAUUUCACUGACCGAGAAGUGGAGCUCUACCAGGGAGCGGCUCAGUAUGAGAACCCCCCCCACAUCUAUGCUCUGGCUGACAAUAUGUACAGAAACAUGAUGAUUGACAACGAGAACCAGUGUGUCAUCAUCAGCGGUGAAAGUGGAGCUGGAAAAACUGUUGCGGCCAAAUUCAUCAUGAGCUACGUGUCCAAAGUGUCUGGAGGAGGAGACAAAGUCCAGCACGUUAAAGACAUCAUCCUGCAGUCGAACCCUCUCCUGGAGGCCUUUGGGAACGCCAAAACUGUUCGCAACAACAACUCCAGCAGAUUUGGUAAAUACUUUGAGAUCCAGUUCAGUCGAGGAGGAGCUCCUGAUGGAGGAAAGAUCUCCAACUUCCUGUUGGAGAAAACUCGAGUUGUUUCUCAGAAUCCUGGAGAGAGAAGCUUCCACAUCUACUACCAGAUGUUAGAGGGGGCGAGUUCGGAGCAGCGGGAGAACCUCGGGGUCACGACCCCCGACUAUUACUUCUAUCUCAACCAAUCAGGAACCUACACGGUGGAGGACAUGAACGACAAGAAGGAGUUCCUCGAUACGAUGGAGGCCAUGUCAGUAGUGGGUCUGUCUGUGGAGGAACAGGAUUCAGUUCUUCAGCUCGUUGCAGGAAUUCUUCAUCUGGGAAACAUCAGCUUCAGAGAGGAGAACAACUACGCUGUGGUGGAGAGCCAGGACUUCCUGGCCUUCCCGGCCUUCCUGCUGGGGGUCCCUCAGGACGGGCUGUGCAGUAAGCUGACCAGCAGGAUGAUGGACAGCAAGUGGGGCGGGACGACGGAGUCCAUCGCCGUGACGCUGAGCACAGAGCAGGCCUGCUUCUCCAGAGACGCGCUGUCCAAAGCGCUGUACACCAGGCUGUUCGACUUCCUGGUGGACUGUGUUAAUAAAGCCAUCCAGAAAGACCAGGAGGAGUUCAACAUCGGAGUCCUUGAUAUCUACGGCUUUGAGAUCUUCCAGAGAAACGGCUUCGAGCAGUUCUGCAUCAACUUUGUGAACGAGAAGCUGCAGCAGAUUUUUAUUGAGCUCACGCUGAAGGCCGAACAGGACGAGUAUGUCCAGGAGGGGAUCCAAUGGACGCCCAUCGAGUAUUUCAACAACAAGGUGGUCUGUGACCUCAUUGAGUCCAAACUGAAUCCUCUUGGGCUCAUGAGCGUCCUGGACGACGUGUGUGCAACGAUGCACGCUAAAGGUGAAGGGGCGGACCAGACGCUGCUGCAGAAGCUCCAGGGACAGAUCGGAUCCCACGAGCACUUCAGCAGCUGGAACAAAGGGUUCAUCAUCCACCACUAUGCCGGGAAGGUGUCGUAUGACGUCAGCGGGUUCUGUGAGAGGAACAGAGACGUGUUGUUUAAUGACAUCAUCGAGCUGAUGCAGAGCAGCGAGUUUCCGUUCAUCAGAGCUUUGUUCACUGAGAACCUGGAGGUGGAGAAGAGAGGCCGUCCGUCCACCGCCAGCAGUAAGAUCAAGAAACAAGCCAACAGUCUGGUCCAGACUCUGAUGAAGUGCACCCCCCACUACAUCCGCUGCAUCAAACCCAACGAGACCAAACGCCCCCGGGACUGGGAAGAUAACCGAGCCAGACACCAGGUGGAGUACCUGGGACUCCGGGAGAACAUCAGAGUCCGGCGGGCGGGAUACGCCUACAGACGGGCCUUCAACAAGUUCUUGCAGAGGUACGCCAUCCUGACUAAGGAGACCUGGCCACGUUGGAAAGGCAAGGAGCGCCAGGGAGUCCUGCAUCUCCUCAACUCCGUCCACAUGGACCAGGACCAGUUCCAGCUGGGCAAGACCAAAGUCUUCAUCAAAGCUCCGGAGUCGCUCUUCCUGCUGGAGGAGAUGAGGGAAAGGAAGUAUAACGGCUAUGCUCGGGUCAUCCAGAAGGCCUGGCGUAAACACAUCGCUGUCCGCAAGUACGUCAAGAUGAGGGAGGAAGCCUCCGACGUUCUUUUGAAUAAGAAGGAGCGCCGCAGAAACAGCAUCAACAGGAACUUCGUGGGCGACUACCUUGGGACCGAGAACCACCCGGAGAUCAGACAGUUCGUCGGCCGCCGAGAGAGAAUCGACUUCGCUGACGUCGUGGUGAAGUUUGACCGAAGAUUCCGGACUGUGAAGCGAGACCUCAUCUUAACCCCAAAGUUCCUGUACCUGAUUGGUCGAGAAAAGGUGAAGCAGGGUCCAGAUAAAGGUCAGAUCCAGGAGGUUCUCAAGAGGAAGAUAGAGCUCAACAAGAUCCAGUCUGUUUCCCUGAGCACUCUGCAGGAUGACUUCUUCAUCGUCCAUGAAGAGGAGUACGACAGUGUUCUUCAGAGCAUCUUUAAGACGGAGUUCCUCAGUCUGCUGGUCAAACGUUAUCAGGAGAAAACUCAGAAGAAGCUUCCGCUGAAGUUCAACAACCUCCUGGAGUUUAAGGUGAAGAAGGGAGGCUGGGGUCCAUUCAGCUCUUCAGGGUCCCGACAGAUCCAGUUCCAGGAUGGUCAGGGGGAUGAGGCCGUCCUGAAGCCCAGCGGCAAGGUCCUGCAGGUCUCCAUCGGACCGGGUCUGCCCAAAAACUCCAGACCGACAAGGAAAGACCAACGCAAGAGCCGCUAUAUGGGGAGCCAGACCGCGUCCACCAACCAGUACAACUCCGCGCAUCGCUCCAGAGGGGGCGGAGCUCCCCGAGGAGGCUCCUCCUCCUCCUCCAGAGGCUCCCUGCUGAGGCAGCAGUCCAGCAUGGACCAGCCCAGUCUGCCCCGCCUCCAGAGCCGGCACCACCACGACAACCAGCCCAAGAAACACCAAGACAUGGGCUUCAUGAACGUCCCCGACCAGGGCGCCGCUGGACUUCAGCGGCGCCGGUCGAAGGAGGUAAAGCCUCUUCCUGGAUCAGGUCGACCCAAACCAGCUCCCAAACCGAAGCCGCGGUCUCCACAGUGCCGAGCUCUGUACGCCUACGACGCCCAGGACACGGACGAGCUCAGCUUCAAUUCUGAUGACGUCAUGGAGAUACUCACUGAAGAUGCAUCUGGUUGGUGGUUCGGUCGGUUGCGGGGCAGAGAGGGGAUGUUCCCAGGAAACUAUGUGGAGAAGAUCUAAACCUCCUCAUUGGUGAGGGGUGGGUCAGAGGUCACCACAUCUUUCAACACAUCAACUAACAGGAAAGAGGAAGCUGAACAUUACAAGAUCAUUCAUAUAAAAACACACGUAUGUUUCAGUCAGUGACGACAGCUGUCAACCUGUCAAAGGUCAGUGUCUGGUUAAAUGUCCCUGUAAUACUGUGUCCAGUCAGGUUAAAUGUCCCCGUAAUACCGUGUCCAGUCAGGUUAAAUGUCCCCGUAAUGCUGUGUCCAGUCAGGUUAAAUGUCCCUGUAAUACUGUGUCCAGUCAGGUUAACUGUCCCCGUAAUACUGUGUCCAGUCAGGUUAAAUGUCCCCGUAAUACUGUGUCCAGGCAGGUUAAAUGUCCCUGUAAUACUGUGUCCAGUCAGGUUAAAUGUCCCUGUAAUACUGUGUCCAGUCAGGUUAAAUGUUCCCGUAAUGCUGUGUCCAGUCAGGCUAAAUGUCCCCGUAAUACUGUGUCCAGUCAGGUUAACUGUCCCCGUAAUACUGUGUCCAGUCAGGUUAACUGUCCCCGUAAUACUGUGUCCAGUCAGGUUAACUGUCCCCGUAAUACUGUGUCCAGUCAGGUUAAAUGUCCCCGUAAUGCUGUGUCCAGUCAGGUUAACUGUCCCCGUAAUACUGUGUCCAGUCAGGUUAACUGUCCCCGUAAUACUGUGUCCAGUCAGGUUAACUGUCCCCGUAAUACUGUGUCCAGUCAGGUUAACUGUCCCCAUAAUGGUGUCCAGUCAGGUUAACUGUCCCUGUGUGACUUCAGUCUCUGAUCAUCUCUUGUUUUAAAGCAACAGCUCAAUCAAUUCCCCAUCAGUGUUACCAUGUAAACCUGCAGUGCAGCGCCCCCUACCGGCUCCAGUGUUUACUACAGCCAUGAUAUGAAAAGUGUUAAAUAUCUUCCAACCAGAUCAAAGAUGAACGUUACCCUGGAACUUCAAAACAUGAAUUAAAUAUUUGAUUAUCCUAAACAUGAAAAAACAUGACUGAACACAGUUUUUAUUCCUGUGGAUGAAAAGUAAAUUAUAUGAAUAAUAAAAUAAUUAGAUUUUAAUGAC